AUGUCCUUUUUUCAACGGUCGAGCACUUCAACGGGAACAAGUCUUACAAUGGCAACGGAGAAGGAUUUGGCGAAUGAUAUAGUGAUACCAAACCCAGCAGAAGAUUCGAUUAGUGAUAUUGCAUUCUCUUCCCAACGGGAUUUUCUAUUCGCAGUAAGUUCCUGGGACGGUAAAGUUAGAAUUUGGGAUGUCCAAAAUGGUGUUGCCCAGGGUCGUUCACAAUAUGACCAUGCAGGACCUGUUUUAUGCACAAGAUGGAGCAGUGAUGGAACAAAAGUAGCAUCCGGUGCAUGUGAUAAUACCGUAAAACUGUUUGACGUAGCAAGUGGACAAGCGCAACAAGUAGGGAACCAUGAUGGUCCGGUGAAGACAUUGAGAUUCGUCAAUUGCGGUCCUACAAAUCAAGAAUGUUUGGUCACAGGUUCAUGGGAUAAGACUAUAAAAUACUGGGAUCUUAGACAACCAACUCCAAUAUCGACGAUGAUGAUGCCUGAUAGGGUAUAUACAAUGGAUAAUAAGCAACAAUUACUUGUUGUAGGAACAGCAGAAAAACAUAUUGCCAUAAUCAACCUCAAUAAUCCGACGACGAUAUUUAAAGCAACGCAAUCGCCUUUAAAAUGGCAAACUAGGGUUGUUGCAUGUUAUAACCAAGGUGAUGGGUAUGCAAUUGGUUCGGUCGAAGGUAGAUGUGCAAUAAGAUACGUUGAUGAUGAAGUACAAAAGAAGUCAGGAUUCUCGUUCAAAUGUCAUAGACAGAAUAGUACUACUAGGGCAGCAGGUGCUCAAGGUCAAACAAUCGUUUACUCUGUUAAUAGUAUAGCUUUCCAUCCAAUAUACGGCACUUUUGUAACUGCGGGUAGUGAUGGUUCAUUCCAUUUCUGGGAUAAAGAUCAUAGGCACAGGUUGAGAGGUUUCCCGUCAUUGAAUGCAUCUAUUCCUGUAGUAAAUUUCAACAGAAAUGGUUCUGUUCUAGCUAUUGCAUUAAGUUAUGAUUGGCACCAAGGCCAUAUGGCUAACAGACCAGAUUAUCCUAAUGUUAUUAGGCUGCAUCCUACGACGGACGAUGAGGUCAAAGAAAAGAGGAAGAAGUAG